AUGUCUGCAUUUAAAUUAGGCACAUUUAAAAUUUCACAGACUGAAAACAGUAGUCGGGUAAGUCCAUUGUUGAAUGACGGGGGAGUAUUCUGCUUCACAGAUGGAUUUAUACAGAACCAGACAGAAGAGAAGUUUAGUAACCAGGAGCAGCUUGCUGGUGAAAACAACAGUGUGGAGUCAUUUCACAGAGCCGACGUCCCACCCAUCACCAUCACACAGCCCGCCAUGACACCGGAAGUUGAUGUCGUGAAAACCAAUGGCAGCAGCUCAGCAUUUUCCGACACGUCCUCGGAUGUUUCCGACAUCACAACGUCUCUACCGAGUGCUAGCUCGGGUUCCGCCUAUGUAGUUCCAGUGGUGGAAGGCAUAUCAGAGCAGGACAUCAACCAAGUGGAUUUGUUUUACAGAAGUCACAAAACGGAUGUUCGUGUGUGUCGGUCCCUGGCAAACUUGUAUAUCUCUAUCUCAAAAAUCAAGGUGAAGCCAGCAGAAACUCAAAUCACGCGGGGCAAAAGCAAAUCUUUUAAAGACAAGAAAUCUAAGACUUCUGAAGUAAAACCGCCGGAACAUUUAAAACCGUCGGAUUUCUCUAAAGAUGAAUGGGAGUUUUCGAAAACUGGAAUUCCUGUUCUCGUCCUCGAUUCUGGUGCUCAUCUUCGAGAGAAGCGUCUAAAAAUCGUGCUGGCAGAAAAAGGCACGGGCUUCAGCAUGUGGCAGGAUGAGUUCAACAGUUUCACGGAGUACAGCAUGCCGCACACCAACUUCCACACAGUCACUAUCUCCACUGACUCCACCCGUCUAGUCGGCUUUAGUUUCGAUGAAGCCAACGCUGCCACGGAAUUUGCAGAAGCCGUGAAAAGUCUGACAUCAGACGAAAACGGUGACGCUGUCAACUCCAGUUCAAAGAAGAAGAAAAAGAAGGAGAAAUUCAAGCUCAAAUAUAGGCCACCAAAGAAGGUGGACAUUUCUCAACCGGUUUGUUUCGUACACGUGACGAAACUACAACGGCCGGACCUGAUUGGAGGAUUCUUCCCGCCUCCUCCAAGCGGUGCCCAGCUCAGUCGUCUGGGCAUUCCUCGAGCCAUGAGCGACAGUUCUGGCAUCUCCGAGUGUUCGUUGCCUUCAGAACACUGA